AUGGAUCGUAAAUCUCGAACAUCAAGAUCAGCCACACUAGAAGAAGCUAAUGAGGAGUUCAAUCUAUGGAAAGAAAUCUGCACAUCUCUAGUGAAACUAGAAGACAUUCAAAAGGAUGCAGAUGUAGCUCUUACAAAUAUCAACAAAUGCCAUCUCUCAUUGAACUUUGACGAAGGCAAGUUUGAUAUAUUUCUUCUUCUUCUUAUUUGGCUUAUGAUUAUUAGUAUUGCAUUUACAGUAGCACAAAGACUCAAAGAAUAUUAUCACAGUGGUAUCAACCUCACAACUACUGAGAUCAAGACAAUCAAGGAUAUCAUUGAAAAGAUUACAGUAUUGAUUGGUUUACGAGAUGCUUCUGAAUAUGUCAAUGUUUUUGAUCCAAAGAGAAGAAAACGAAAAGUAGAACCAGAUGAGCUCAAGGUGAGCAAUCCAGCUUCGAAAUCCAGCUUGCCAACCGCAGGACCGACCAAAAAGACAAAAAUGAGUACGAAUGGCAUCUUUCCUCCUGGUACAUCUGUAGCUGCACGACAAAUGCAGCAAAAAGGAAAAGCGGAAGAAUGGAUACUUGCAGUAGUAAUUGCUUACAUUCCAGACAAGGGCAGAUAUCACGUUGAAGACGUAGAUCAAGAAGAGAAUGGCGCCAAACCGCGGUAUAUGCUUGCUCCUCGACACAUUAUUCCAGUACCUGAAGGGUCCGAAGUACAUGACUUGGCUGAGCUGAAUACAGGAAAAGAUGUAUUGGCUCUUUAUCCGGGUACGACGUGCUUUUAUCGAGCAAGCGUGAUUGCACCUCCAAGCAAGAACAAAGAGGUUGGUCGUCAAGGAAAUUACAAAGUCCAAUUUGAAGAUGACAAUGAUGAGUUCAAGUACGUGAUGCCUGAACAUGUACUUGAAUUCCCAAAAACCAAAUAA